AUGACUUAGCGACCGGCCGGCGCGAAAAUGAGUUUCUCCGCGGAGGACGGCGUGGGCAGCCUCUGCCACAAAGCGCUUCAAAUCAUCUCCGAGCUGUGCCUGGGCGGGCAGGUGGAGCGCGAGAAGUGCGCCGGCAUCUUCCCACUGGAGACCGCCCGACAGGGCAUCGGCGGCACAGACAUCUCAGUCAGUUUGUUAGCAGUAGUCGUCAGCUUCUGCGGGCUCGCCUUGCUGGUAGUCUCACUUUUUGUCUUUUGGAAGUUGUGCUGGCCCUGCUGGAGAAGCAAACCUCUCACUUCCAAUGCCAGUAAUGUCCCGCAGAGCACCUCCAGUGCUCCUACAGAGGUUUUGGAGACCAGUGAGAAAAAGGAAGUUAAAGAAAAUGGGAAACCUACAACAAAGGUACUUGAAGCUGCAUUGAAAAUUAGCCACACUUCACCCGAUAUACCAGCAGAGGUCCAGAACGCACUGAAAGAACAUCUGAUCAGACAUGCACGCAUGCAGAGACAGAUCACAGAGCCCACGUCAUCAUCAAGGCACAAUUCUUUCAGGAGGCACUUGCCAAGGCAGAUGCAAGUGUCCAGUGUUGAUUUUAACAUGGGGACAGAUCCAAUUUUACAAAGGGGAGAGACGACAACCAGCAUUGGGAGAAUAAAACCAGAACUCUACAAACAGAAGUCUGUGGAUUCUGACGGGCAAGAAGAAGAUGUGAAAACAUGUGGAAAACUUAAUUUCACUCUCCGGUAUGAUUACGAGAAUGAACUUUUGGCUGUCACAAUUGUCAAAGCCUUAGAUCUGCCUGCUAAAGACUUCACAGGAACAUCUGACCCCUACGUUAAGAUUUAUCUGCUUCCAGAUAGGAAAAAGAAGUUUCAGACACGAGUUCACAGAAAGACAUUAAAUCCUGUCUUUGAUGAAACCUUUCAGUUUCCUGUAGCCUAUGAUCAACUCAGCAACAGAAAAUUGCAUUUCAGUGUUUAUGAUUUUGACAGAUUUUCUAGACAUGACAUGAUUGGGGAAGUAAUUCUUGAUAACCUUUUUGAAGUCUCAGAUCUCUCCAGGGAAGCCAAUGUAUGGAAAGACAUCCACUGUGCAACCACCGUAAGUAAUGUGUUCCAAACCUAUUAAUGUGAUAUUUUCAUUUCCGUUUUGCAGUUCAUAGCAGAGCAUCCUGCUUAUCAGCAGAUGCUAGAAGGAAUAAAUAAAUAUAUGAAUAACUAAAAUCUUGUCAAUAUUUCCCUUUAAGCAUAGAGAAAAAGAUGCUUAGGAAGCUAUAAAAUUUAAUUAUUGAAAUAAUUUUCUGGGAAUAUAUCGUCAUUCUUAUAGCUCACUGUGCAAAUAUAAAUUAGGUUUAUUAGUUAAAUAAUAUGUCACAAAAAAAUCACCAUUCAAGAAUAACUAUUAAUAUUUUUUUGGUAGGAAAAUACCUUGUCCUUCUAAGUGACCAACUAUUAAGAAACAGAGCCCAUUCUCCUCUUGUUAGCAGAUUUUCAAUAGCUGUGAAACUUGUGAGAGAAAAGAGAGGCUAAAAAUGCUUGAAAUUCUUUGCUUGCUGCCCUUUGCUUAGGGUCCCCCAGUAGAUGUGUCUCUGUUGCUGUUGGUUACUAGCAAAACUCGAGAGACACAAGCAAGGAGAGUUAGGAAAUAUAAAUUAUUUGUUGUUUAUUGUUGCAAGAGAAGAAGGCCUGCACAAUUUACACAUAGAAUGGAUGAGAAACUAUCAUCAGAAAACUCACCAGUCCCCAACCAUUAUCAUUAUUAACUUAAAAAUCUUCCCUGGUUAGAAUUUGAGAAGAAACGGCAAAACACUGUUUUUAGAUGGUUUGGUUGUUUUGGUGAACUGGUUGGUAUUUUCAACUAAAUUGCUAUUUUUAUAGAAGUUUUCACCUCCACUGCUCUGUGGAGAUAACCAAAAUAGUCUGUCAUCCCCAUUUUUAAGAUAUAUUAGACAUUGCAUCAGAGGCAGAAUCUUCACACCAUUUCUUCAGUAGAGCCAGAGACUUCCCAUAUCUCUUCUCCAAAUAUUCUCAUGCUGUGCAUACCUGCUGGAUGGUGGAAUCCAGGUGUGCAUGACUAAGAGGACAAGGACUUGGAUUUGCUCACUAGUUUGAACACGAGUGACAUAUUUCCUGAGAAAGGAGAAGACCAGACAGCAGAACAUAAUGAGGACAGUUUUCAGUUGUGAAUUCAAGAAAAUAAUUAUUUAUUUCAGCUGUGGGGUUUACCAAAUUGCUGUGAACAGUCUCUGGCACACCUCCAGAAAACCACAUCUCUGUAUGCUUUUUUGAUCAAACUCAGAUUUCAGCUUAAGAACGAUGUUCUCGAUCUUUAAGUUAAAUUUGUGUUUAAGGCCUUGAGAUAAUGUAGUACUAAUAUUUUUAUAUUUGUAUAUAUAUAUAUUUAUAUACAUAUAUAUUUCUUCAAGUGUUGGUAUUAUCUUUAACACCUUAGUAAUAAUUUAUAUGCUCACUGUUUUUUUGCAAGUGUGCAAGACAAGUGUGUCUUUAGCUUAUAACUAGAUUUCAGUAAUUUAGAAUCCCUGGACUGUUCCAUCAUUUUAGGCAGAUUGAAAUGGCAUAGCAGAUGAUGCUGUUGAGAGAGAUAUACUAUAGAGAGACUAAUAUACAUCUGGAUGAAAAAAUUUGCUAAUCUUGGCACUGAAUUCUAAUCAAAGUUUCUUCUUCACUAAGAGUUAGUACAUGCAGAUGCAGUACUUAGUUUGUUCUGCUCAUUUUACUCUGUAUGAAGUUUAAGAGAAACCAUCUAGCAUUUGGAUUUCAGCCUUUCUGUCACUGUAGCUGGUAGUACUCCAUGUGCAUAAAUUUUCCUUUCAUCAUUAACAGUAAAGACAUACACACAAAAUAUUUUCAAGCAUUCAGUGACUAUACGCACUUUCACAAGCUUCACCUAAUUCUCAGCAAAUUAUGUAAUAAACUGGUGUAAUUGUUUUUUGUUGUUUUUUUUUUAUCUUGUCAAAACAGAGCCUUCCAAUAAGGUGUCCUGUUACUAUAUGUGCAGUGUGUUGCCUUGUGUUUUACUUCUGCUGUUUCAUGUAGAUUAAAAUUUUGUUAGUAAUAAAGGUUACUAAUUCUGACAUUUCAGAAACUGUAAGAUGAGGGAUCCAAUCCUGCACAGCAAGAAACAGCACGUAAGAUAUUAGUCAGUGGGGAAUUACAGUGCUGCAUAUCAGAUCUGAAGUUUCCCAGAGUCACUAACUAGCUAUUAAAUAACUAACACUUGCCAGAGUCAAUGGAACUUGGAUCAAGCCUUGAAAAACGUUAUCUGGAUGGUUUUGCAAUUAGUAAAAAAUAACUAUAUCCAAGGCAGGCGUACUUCUAUUUUCAUAAAAAAAACUUAUAAUUUAAAAGAAAAAAAAAACUGGGGUUCUCAACAGGAAGGCACUUUCACUGUAAGGAGGAAUCAAGAUACCCACAUGCAAAUAUAUUUCUCUCAUGUUUCUUCUUUCUUCAUCUUUGCUCUCUUUUGUUGUAUGUUGUAUGAAGUUUCCAGAUUUACUGUUCAGACAUGCUUUCUGCACAAGUGGUUUGCUCAUACGUUUGCUAAAUGUUAAGUAGUAGAAAAUGUAGAAGUGAUGGAUCAGAAAAUUGGUCCAAAACUUAAAAAAGUACAGCAGAAGUGGUUUCUCUUCAGCUUUUAGUCUUCUGCAUCUCUUUCAUAUCCAGGAUUUUCUCUUCAGAAGAUAUAAUGAAGUUAAAAACAUUCUUAUUGUCUACUUGGAAAAAAUGUAUUUUUAUGACCCAGUCUAGGCGUUGAAGAUCCACUAGACAGAAUUACCAAAGAAAUGAACUACAAAAUUUUACUGUGAAGGAAGUUGCUGCAGCAGAUCAGGAGAUUCUCCACUGUGUAAAGACUGUCAGGCAGACAUCUUUAGAGGCUUUGCUUGCACAUCCAUAAGGAGUUUUUAUUUGGUAGAGGAAACACACAACCUGGGGAAGGUGAGUCUGAGUGGAUGCAUUGAAUCCUUUUGGCCGUAAAACCAAUGACUGUGUGGUAAACCACAAUUUGAAUCAUUUUUUUCCCCCUCACAAUAGUCAUUGGAAAUGACUUAAUGAAGUGCAGGAUUGGUACCUCACAUACUCAGUUCUAUAGUUUUCAACCGUUGAUAUUUAUUCAUCUUUUGUAUUUGUAUUUUGUAUUUUGUUCCUUUAAUUUUUCAUUCAUAUCAUUGUUUCUCUGUUAUGUGUUCUGUUGGAAACCUGCAGCUAUUGUAUAAUAUGUAGCAUGUACCUGUUGUAAGAGCUAAAGCAGUUUCAUUUUUUAAUGUUAAAUGACCAAGAUAAAUUUGGUGUAAAAUUGGCUUUGGAAAAGAAGUAUCCUAGAUAUCUGAUGAUAUUAAUACCUCCCAGUUUUGCUUCAACAAGGGUGGUUGAAUUCUCAAUAAA